UCCUGUCUACUGUUUUUGAAGAAGUUGACGCCGCCAUCUUAACUUCGGUUUCUUCCUUAAGUUUCUCUGGAUCGCUUCCUCCAGUUGGUUUCUGAGAGAAACAGACAUGGGGGCUUGUCUAGCACUGGGCUCCCUCGCCAGUUGUGCGUCCUGUUUGUGCGGCUCGGCCUCCUGCCUCCUGUCAUCAUGCUGCCCUUCGACAUUCAACUCCACCAUAAGCCGGUUGGCCUUCUCCUUCCUGCUGAUGCUCGGCACUAUGGUCUCUGUUAUAAUGAUUCUCCCAGGCAUGGAAGAACAUCUUAAAAAGAUUCCAGGAUUCUGCGUUGGCGGGACGACCAUACCCGGCAUAGCGAACAAGGUGAACUGUGACAUCAUCGUGGGCUACAAGUCGGUGUACCGCAUGUGCUUCGCCAUGGCCUGUUUCUUCUUCCUGUUCUCCAUCAUCAUGAUCCGAGUGCGCAGCAGCAAGGACCCUCGAGCCUCCAUCCAGAAUGGUUUCUGGUUCUUCAAGUUCUUGGUGCUGGUCGGCUUAACAGUGGGAGCUUUCUUCAUUCCAGACGGCGACUUUAAUACAGUGUGGUAUUACUUCGGCAUGGUGGGCUCCUUCAUCUUCAUCGUCAUCCAGCUCAUCCUACUCGUGGAUUUCGCCCAUUCCUGGAACCAGUCCUGGCUGGAGAAGGCAGAGAAUGGAAACUCCAAGUGCUGGUUCGCAGCUCUGCUCUCUUUCACCAUCGUCCACUACGUCCUGGCCUUCACUGCUGUCGUGCUCUUCUACGUGUUUUAUACCAAAGCUGACGACUGCACCGAGCACAAGGUCUUCAUCAGCCUCAACUUCAUCUUCUGCAUCAUCGUGUCCAUCGUCUCCAUUCUUCCCAAAGUUCAGGAUGCUCAGCCCAGCUCAGGGCUGCUCCAGGCCUCCCUCAUCUCCCUCUACACCAUGUACAUCACCUGGUCAGCCAUGACCAACAACCCCAACCGGCAGUGUAACCCCAGCCUGUUGAGUCUGGUCCAGCCUGCAGGUCCAACCCCACCACCAGGGCCCGCUCCUCCUACCCCCGCUGCUCCAAGUGUCCAGUGGUGGGACGCACAAAGCAUUGUGGGAUUGAUCAUCUUCUUGUUCUGCACUCUUUAUGCAAGCAUCCGCUCCUCUAACAACGCCCAGGUGAACAAGCUGAUGCAGACUGAGGAAGACCAGGGUCUGACCACCGACUUCGAGGCCUCUUCCGGAGAGGACGGAGUGCGACGGGCUGUGGACAACGAGGAGAACGGAGUCACCUACAGCUACUCCUUCUUUCACUUCAGCCUCUUCCUGGCUUCUCUCUACAUCAUGAUGACACUCACCAACUGGUACAAGCCCGACUACGAGGCCAUGCAGACCAUGCAGACCAGCAUGCCGGCCGUGUGGGUGAAGAUCGGCUCCAGCUGGCUUGGCUUGGCAAUUUACCUGUGGACCCUGGUGGCCCCACUGGUGCUCCCUGACAGAGACUUCAGCUAGGGAAGUCUGUCAACACUGGUUCUAUAGCUUCUUCUUGUUGCACUGUGAGGAAACGUAGCUUUAGCCUCAAAUUUCUCUGCUUGAGUUUUGAAAUGCUGACAACCAUACAUUUAAAAUUGGAAGCCAAAAUAAGGUAGGAUGCUUUUAUAGGAUUGUGUACAAUCAAAAUCAUAUUAAAGCCAUUGACGGGGGAAAAUAGAUAUAUUUUGUUCCUUUAAGCCACUUUACAAGUUGCCUAAAUGUUGAUUUUCAUUAUGAAACAUCUGAAGUUGUCUGUAAUUGAGCUUUAAUUACUCACUCAAGAUCGUUCUUGCCUCAGGUUAUCUUUACUCUGGUUAUUUUUCUAUUUUUCCUUCACUGUUACAGAUUUUAGAAUUGAGAGCACUACAUGCCUUUAUUGGAAAGACCAACUGAAUCUGGGAUGAUCUCUGUCAUAGAUCACACUUUUUUUUUUAAUCAGUCCGAUUUUAUGUAAAGUGCCGUUUAAAUUUCUGCGAUCUAUUUUUUCUAGUUCUGCUUUUUUGCACAACUUUCUUCAUGUGCCCUGUUUUAUACCAAGAUUGGUUUAUUAUAUUUUACACACAAGUUGUUCAGAGGGACCAUUUUUGAUUACCUUUAAAAAGUUUAUAUGACACUCAGUUUUCAGUGUAAAACAUAUGUUCACUUCUUAUCAUAAUGAAAUAAAGUGCACCUUGUUUAAAUCAUUCAGUGUA